CCAAUAUGUCAAGUGUUUUGAAAAACAUUUUAGAUGUUGAUAAGGAACAGGAAUUACUUCAAAGUUUUAUAAGAAUCGGAAUAACUGCAGACGAAGAGUCAAUAGAUGAAUCCACACGCAAACUAAAUCAAGCCCGGUACUAUUCUUCGCCACGUUCAAGACAUUCUUAUAAUGGGAAAAGCUUGUCUAAUGCUAUCAAAGGUGUCCGAAAUUUAAAUAGCAAUCGUAAGACUGUAAAAUUUGCUGACGAUGUAGAAAAAAGUGGAGUUGGAGGUCGCGGAAACCGUAUUGAAGCAGAAUUACGUGCAGCGCGAAGAAAAACCGAGGAUCAAUUGUUUAAAAAAAAGCCAAAAGAAAAUUUUGUAGACUUCUAUACUGAUAAAGAUAGAGCAGCAGCUGUAAGCGCCGGCACUUACGACAUUAAACAAAGCCUGCAAAUAAAACAUAAACAAGAUCGUAAUGAAAUCAUGCAAAUACCGGAUGAGGCAGACAUUAAUUCCAUUAUAGCAUUGGGGUUGAAAGAAAUUAAAAACGCCAAUCCAGAAAACGCCGUAUAUUUCUUUUCACAGGCUCUCGAACUAAAUGGAACUGACAUAAAUGCGUUGGUUUCUCGAAGUAAAUGUUACCUUUUGCUAGGAGAGCCAUCAAAAGCAUUACAGGAUGCGGAAACUGCACUCACUGAAGACAAAAAUAAUAUUCGAGCCAUUUUCCAAAAAGCAGAAUCCCUCUAUUUUCUUGGUCAAUUCGAACAGAGUCUAAUGUUCUUCCACCAAGGGUUACGCGCUCGUCCCGAAUUAUCUACCUUUCGAUUGGGUGUUCAAAAAACUCAAGAAGCCAUUGAGAAUACUAUAGGAACUAGUAAAUGUUCAUCGCUCAACAUUGCACCCAAGUCUGCGAAUAAUAAAAUUUCUACCAACUCUAACAGCAAUAAACAAUCUCAAAAAAAUGUACAGCAUUCGAAUCGCCCAAAACUAUCCAAAGCCGAAAUUGAACGACAUAACGCUCGCAAAUUGUUAGGUGAAUUAUGUGUUGACAAGGAAUAUUUAGAAAAACUGUUGAAACACCCGGAUUUAGUUCGAGGCGAUACAAACUCGGAAAAUAUUUCCAAUCAUGCAAAUGAAGCUGUUAAAUUUUUAAUAAAACGGCAAGAAUUUUGGCGACAACAACGUCCUUGUACAUCACUCACAAGUUACAAAACCCUUCCCCAAGAACCUCUACCAGACUGGUUUUAGAACAAUUUUAUAUACAUAAGUGAAUGACCUAUAUACAUAUAUAUAUAUGGGUUAGCUCAACAUAAUCAAACUAAAGUAAAUUGCAA